AUGAGACCUAUCUCGCUAUUACCAAACAUAAGUAAAUGGUUUGAGCGCAUUGUCCAUGAGCGUAUAAUGAAAUGGCGUGAACGAAAAGGAAUAUAUAUUGAUGAACAAUCGCCGGGUAGGAGAUUACAAACAAAAAUCCUAUCACUAUGUGAGGAUUUAAGACUUACAACUGCUGCCUGUAAUCGGCCAGCAUUAGUUAUUUUUGUCGAUUUUUUAUCUGCGUUUGACAAACUUUGGUAUCCG